GGCGUCGCUUUCCUCUUCGGCAUCCCGCAAAAGCCGGUAGGCUUCUUUGCCGAAGCCCCGCCGUUCGCCAUCCUCGCUGCCGCGCGCGUCCGUCGCCCUCCCGCGCGCUCGUCUGGUUCCCGCGCCCCCGUCGCCCUCCCGCGCUCGUUUUCGCGCCUCCCUCCCGCGCUGCGCCUCGUUGCCCGCGUCCAGAAAAGGGCCGCGCCAAGCCCCAUCAGGUACCUCCGCCUUCUCUCGAGCCGCCCAGGGAGCCGCGCCUCCGCCUGCCGUCGAGGAUCCCCUCCGUCCUCAUGUACAGGCCGCCGCGCCGGUCGACGGCGGAUGGUGGGGCGGGGAUGUGGAAUCCUCCCUCAGCUGCUGUUCCGUUUGGUCAGAAUGCGCAGGGAAGGUUCGAUCCGGAGGCCCAUCGCUUUAAUGGAGAAUUUGAUCCCUUCGGUGUCGGAUUGAUGCGCCAUCGAGUGGUUCCUCCCGCAAGCAACCAAGUCCGGCUGGCAGAUGAUUUGGUCGAAUAUGAGGAAGAGGACGCAGAGGAGGCACGCACUGGUGCUAUGGGUUCAAGGUCUCACACUGAUCUCAUACUGAAUGGCUAUGAAGAAUCUCAAGAUGAUCCACUCACCAAUCAAGCUCCUGCAACAGCCAAGAGUUCUCAGGGUAGAACAAAAAAUUUCAGUUCUGAGGAGGAUAUACUUCUUGUUUCAGCUUGGUUAAAUGUGGGCAUGGAUGCUAUAAGUGGAGUUGAUCAAUCACAGGGCACCUAUUGGAGAAGAAUACAUGAAUAUUUCCAUGCAAACAAGUCAUUCGAGUCAACUCGUACCGAAGUUUCUCUAAUAAAUCGUUGGUCCACUAUACAACAUGAUGUCAAUCUGUUUUGUGGGUGUCUGUCUAGGAUAGAACUCAGGAACCAGAGUGGUUCCAGAGUUGAUGACAAGGUAAACACAUUAUUGCAGAGGUAUGAUCAUUUGAAGAUCGUAAGAAUAAGAUUCUUGCCAGGCGUUUAUAUAUCUAGCUUUGUCUACUUUUAGUUCAGUCCAGUCAGUCAGUCACUCAGUUCAGUUCAGUCAUUCAUGAAACUUUGUCUACCUCUGUCGUAUUACUGUUUGAGUUACCUUGUGAGGGUACUGUUAAGUAAUUUCUGGAUAAUGUGCACUUAAACAAUAUGUGGUUGAUUUGAUCUGUUUGUUCUCUGAGCUU